GCCAGGCGGGAGAGAGAGAAAGCCCGACCGACCGGCUGGCCGAGAGCUGCAUGCAACCGGUGGGAGGCCGGGUCGGCUGGGGCUGGGGCUCGGGCUCGGGCGGUUUCUCCGCGGAUCCCUGGCGGCGAGCGCGGACGGCCCGGAGGAGGCGGCUCUGAGCUGGCAGGCGGAGGGUUGUCUCCCGCGCCCGCCUGCCCUGCUCGGUCCGAGGAUGCGGGGGGGCGAUGCCCGGGGCCAGGGACGCGCUCUGUCACCAGGCGCUGCAGCUGCUGGCCGAGCUCUGUGCCCGCGGGGCCCUGGAGCACGACAGCUGCCAGGAUUUCAUCUACCACCUGCGGGACCGCACCAGACCCCGGCUCCGCGACCCAGAUAUCUCAGUGAGCCUGCUGACCCUUGUAGUCACUGCCUGUGGCCUCGCUCUCUUUGGUGUGUCUCUCUUCGUGUCUUGGAAACUCUGCUGGGUUCCGUGGCGAGAACGAGGCCUGUUCUCUAGUAGCAAAGACAACAACCAGGAGCCUCUUAACUACACGGACACAGAGACCAAUGAGCAGGAGAACAGUGAGGGCUUCCUAGACCCUCCCACCCCUUGUCCAGACUCCUCCAUGAAGAUCAGUCACACCUCCCCAGACAUUCCCCUCUCAACCCAGACGGGGGAGCAGGACAGCUGUGCCCAUGGCAUCCGCGUGCAACGCCAAGUCACAGAGCCAACUUCAUCAGCUCGGCACAAUUCAAUCCGAAGACAACUCAACCUGUCAAACCCAGACUUCAAUAUCCAACAACUUCAAAAACAGGAACAGUUGACUGGCAUUGGUCGAAUUAAACCGGAGUUAUAUAAGCAGAGGUCAUUGGAUAACGAUGACGGGAGAAGGAGUAACAGUAAAUCCUGUGGGAAACUGAACUUCAUUUUAAAAUAUGACUGUGACUUAGAGCAGCUCAUAGUGAAGAUCCACAAAGCUGUCAACUUGCCCGCCAAGGACUUUUCUGGGACUUCAGAUCCCUAUGUCAAGAUAUAUUUGCUUCCCGAUCGGAAGACCAAACACCAGACUAAAGUUCACAGAAAGACCCUGAACCCGGUGUUUGAUGAAGUGUUUUUAUUUCCAGUUCCCUACAAUGACCUUGCAGCCAGGAAGCUUCACUUCUCUGUCUAUGACUUUGACAGGUUCUCUCGCCAUGACUUAAUUGGCCAAGUGGUGGUGGAUCACUUCUUAGACUUGGCUGAUUUUCCCAGGGAGUGCAUCCUGUGGAAGGAUAUCGAAUAUGUCACCAACGACAACGUGGAUCUUGGAGAACUGAUGUUUUCCCUCUGCUAUCUUCCCACGGCUGGCAGGCUGACCAUUACCAUUAUAAAAGCAAGGAAUUUAAAGGCAAUGGACAUAACAGGAGCAUCAGAUCCCUACGUGAAAGUCUCACUGAUGUGUGAUGGCAGACGACUAAAAAAGAGGAAAACGUCCACCAAGAGGAACACUCUGAAUCCUGUUUACAAUGAAGCCAUAGUCUUUGACGUCCCUCCCGAGAACAUUGACCAAAUCCACUUGUCCAUAGCAGUCAUGGACUACGACCGUGUAGGUCACAAUGAGAUCAUCGGCGUGUGUCAAGUAGGCAACGAAGCUGAGCGGCUGGGCAGAGACCACUGGAGUGAGAUGUUGUCAUAUCCGCGCAAGCCCAUUGCACACUGGCAUUCCCUGGCGGAGAAACGAUGACUGUGGGUAAGAGGACCACUUAUGUCAAGAACCCAAUAGGACAACCAUCUUACAGAGAUCUUCAGUAACUUUUCCCAUCCAGCAACAUCCAGAUGACUCUAGUGACCAAAUGCUCAGCUGUAAACACAGCAAUAACUGGCCCUCUUUCCAGGUUGGGUUUGCUGAACGUGAAUGGUCCAGCCGUCUUCAGGUGGCCUAAGGUGGUGUGCUGUAGGGGAAGCGCAUCUCUUCUGGCCAAGAAUCAAGACUGGACUGUGGAAGAAACCGCCUGACAUAGUGAGAGUACUCAGAGCACCUAGAGUGCCAAGACUCGUAGUGAUUAACACAGGGCCCUUGGUGAUGGGUUCACAGCAGCUGCCCAGCAGUGUCCCUCUGACAUGAUGUUAUUUGCUUGAAGGCCCUGGAACGACAGAAUAUCUUAAAAUCUAUCCAGGUGCUAAGUAGGCAGCAGAUCUAAUUUACACUGGACUACUACUGAGCUAAUAACUAUCUCCAGAAAAUAAUUUCACCCAAGAAGUACUCCAGCUUUGCAAGGAAUAGCCCCAGGAGAGUAAUAGGAUAAGCAGGCCAUUACCCUGGAAAAACUCAAGGGCAAAGCGGUCUAGUGCACAGCAAAUUCACUGCCUACUCCCUUGUCUGUGGCAGUGAGUACCAGUUGACUGUGGCCCUCUCUUCUGCUAAACCCAGAGUCAGAAUCCCCAGCACUGUUUUCAGAACAGCCAGCAGCCACUUCCUUUCAACUGGUAUUGGCAAGUAGAAUGAGAGGUCAUUGUCAUCCCUGUUAGAGAGGCAUACAUCUCAAUGGCGUAGGCAUCUGGAAUACCCUUUCCCAGGCACAUUUGUCUUCUGAGGGCAGAGCCUCAGAAACAGAUGUACCAUUGAGUGAGCUGAGUUCGUGAAGAGAUGACACAGCUGGUUCCUGAUUGAAGGCACAGCUUUGGGGCCUUCUUGGCCUGAGUGCCUUCUGGGUAUUUCCAUAUGCAACAGCCCAGAGGCAUAGCCUUGGGCAACCACAGACAGGUUUCCUUUCAUUUCCAGAUACAUAUAUCACAUUCACAGCACUUGGGGAAUGGAAGUACCUACUAGAGUGAAGGUCAAGGGCUCUCCCCGGGUAUCACAUCCAUUACUCAGCUUCCUUUGUGACCACAUCAGCCAACCCACUGCCAGCUGUGUUCCACGUCCUCCUUGCUUCUGCUUCUAUACAAAUGAAACCAAAGGUCUCAGCAUGCCCUGGGGCUGGGGGUGUUACCUAGUGAUCCUCUCUUCCCCAACAUGGGUGUGAGGUACCCUGCCAAUACAUUUGCACCAUUUCUCCAAGUCAGCAUUUCCCUUUCAUACAGUCUCUUUGCAGCAGAAUCCAUAGUUGGACUGUAGUUUACCUUCCUGGGAAACUCGUUAUCUUCAUUUGAAUUAACAUUUCCAUACAGGAUUAACUGGGUAGAAGCACGAACUAGGCAGGCCUUCAGAAAGUUCUUGUUGCCAUGGCUGCCUGGUACAAGAAACUACCUUGAUGUCAAAUCUUAAAAGGAUGGAGACCUUUGGUUGUAUGAGGCAGUGUUACUAUGUUCCAGCUUCACAUGAUCCCCAACCUGUGUAUUCCAUUUCCAUCUGAGUGGCUUUCAACCUUGAAGAUUGACAGGGAACCCAGGGUUCUGCCUAUGUCUGUUGACAUGAGAAGAAUUCAAUUUCUUUGCCCAAGGUUCCCCUCUGCCUGUUCCUCCACAUUCGGACAUCUUCCAUCGUACCAGUGUUUAGAACCAAAGCAUGAAGGACUAGUGCCAGCAAGAUAGUCAGCAGAAAUAUUAUCUCUAGAUCCUGGCAGAUGAGCCCAGAAAGGUAGUCCCAGAGAAACCAGACUGGCCCCGGUAGAUAUCAGGCAGCCAUCCCAAUAAGCUUUGACUUGUCCUUGGAAUGGGGAGCCUUGAUAGGAGAUCCUGGGGUAGCUGAGCCUGUUGUUCCCCUGCUCUCAAGAUCUUCCUGCCUGGAGGGCUGAGUAUGCCACUGGCUUGCUGGUAGGAAAUAGAAGGUGACUUUAAUAGGGGCCAGCAGGCAAGUGGCUUGUAUCUGGAAAGCUUUGCCUAGCAGUCCAGCUGUGGCCAGAGGCUGGUUACAAAUUUGAACUCCCUGACCCCAUCUGCAACUCUGCCUCUGUUCUCUUAUAUUCUGUUUGGUUUCCCUUUAGUUUCCUAGUAAAUGUUCCUUUUAAAAAAUUCCAACCUUGU